UUUUGUGGGAGAAACAAAACUAAAGGGGACAACAACAUCUACCACCACACCCCAUCAUCAAUAAUCCAAAUUCUUGCAGUAUGGGAGAAUUCGUCUUCGACACAUCGAUAAAUCAUGAGUACUUGUGUCAUGACCUUCCCUCCCAAUCCCGCCUCCUCCUCGUCCUCCUCUUCCGUCAUCUCCAAGCAUCGUCUCAACAAGCCUCAAGCUGCUUCGUUUCGACGCCUUCACCUCACCGAUGUAUCCCUCCGAGUUGCAAAUGAGAGGACCGAAGCAUCUCCUGAUGCAAGAUCAGAGGCUGACAAGAUCGUAGAUGGCAUGGACUUUGGUGAGCUCUGCGAUGAGUUCGAGUGCAUAAGCAGCCCUCUAGUCGAAUCCACAGCCAGACAGCUCGUACGCGACAUUCUUGAGCUUCGAGAAGGCAAUCGCGCACUUGGAAGUUAUGCCGUCUCUGUCAAGUACAAGGAUCCGGUUAGGAGCUUCAGUGGUAGAGACAAGUACAAGAGACAAAUGUGGGCAACUGAAGCACUACAGAAUCCCACUGUGAGUGUGCAGCAGAUGGUAAUGUUAUCAACAAGUCUGCUGAACAUCAACUGGACUCUGAGAGGGAAGCCCAAGUCUCCGAUUUUCGCCUUUGGAGGAGACUUGAUCCUCAAAGUGGACUCCAAGUUCACCAUGAACCAGAUCAGCGGGCAAGUAAUCGAGCACGAAGAGACGUGGGACCCGUCCCAGUCGCCCCCCAUCACCCAGGCCUAUUUCUGGGCCUCACGGCGGCUCUUUGCCACAGUUGAAGCCGGAAAAGAUGUUUCCGACUCCAUAAAGGACGUGUCUAAGCGAUUCGCGAAGGAGAAUAAGAACAUCGAAAUGUAUCCAGACCCUACUGGUGAUCCAACCAAGUUUUUCCAACGCGACGACAGCUUCCAGAGAGACGUAAUCCAAGUUGCUCUGUUUCUGGCAGUUCUCUACUUAGUUGUACAGUUCUUAAAGACAACAUUGUAAAGAAUUCAUGAAAUUUACAAACUAAAAAUCAAAGCUGUGUAUAAUUUCAAUACCAAUGAUUCAAAUA